GGAGGCCACGCCCCCUCGCCGAGCGGCGCCUGCCCCCAGCGCUACCGAAGACAAGGAGGGAGCUUAGGUUAUACAUAGACAUACACACACACAUACACACACGCUGGCAAUUCCCUUUCAUUCAGUGGCUGCUUCCUGAAAGGAUGAGGUAAGGCAAGGUAAAAGUGGGAGGCUACUACCCUUCCCCCACUGCGAUCACACGGAACGUCCCCGUCACUUUCGGUCAUCUGCAAGAAAUAUCGAAGGGUCCGCUCCAAGUGCACAGCAGGUUUCUCCGGAUGAAAAGGACAAAGGGGCUAAGAAUCUCCCUUGUGAAGAUCUCUCGACAGCUGCUUCACAAGUUGCUGGUUGUUGUUGCUGUUGUUUAGUCCGUCCCCCCCAGGACGUCAUUUGUGGGGAAACCUGCGUGUAGAUUGUAACGUAUGGAGAUCGUACACUUAGCUAUUUCGCUGCAUGUGGGCAUGCAAGGCAGCUGCAGUUGGGCACAGCUCCCACCUAUGGAGGCAAAACAUCUAUAGCUGUUAAUGACCAAGUGGUUACCCUGCAAAUUGCACCUUCUGCGUAGGAAGUUGGUAACGUUUAAAUCAGCCUUGCUAGCCAGUCUGCGUGUUACCCCAGGGGCACUCAAUGUUGUGCCUUCCAGAUGUUGGGAGACUGCAGCUACGGUCCGCCCCAGCUACUAGGCCUAAUGGUCUGGGACUAUGAGAGUUGUAAUCCAGCAUCAGGGAGGCACAAUGUUGUUUAGCUCUGUUACCCUCUCAGGCUCUGUUUUGCUUUUAAUCCUGGAAUUUUAGAGUGAGGGGUGGAGAAAUCAAAGCCUAAGGACAGUAGUAGGCUGUGUAAGGUAUGAAAAGCAGUAGCUGAAAUAAACAUGUUGGCAGAUGCUUCAGUACCUUUACAAUGCCUUGUUGGCCAAUGCAGUUUGUUUUAUUUCAAAGUAGGAUUUUUCUGCUCAGUGUUUACGUUCUGCCUUAUCUAGUUAGAGGGUCAUAGGACUGAGACUGAAAAGACUUUGCCUGAGCAGUCAUUUUUAGUGUGGUUUCAGAGAAACUACACUCACACACUUUCCCCUGCUCUGCAGCUAGAACUAAAAUAGCCCUCUCAGCCUGGACAAGGGAGCAAACAAGAGAAUUGGAGUAGACCAGACACAAAACCAGCAGCACAGAGGCAGCAGGGAGUUUCAGACAGCCCUUGCCACGCCUGUUUGAUUUGAGCAGGAUUUAACACACACACAUACCUUGCUCAUGAGCUGAUUGAAAGGAGAUAAAAUCCUGCUGCCUUGGCUGUGUGCCCUGCAAAGAAUUUAUUCCCACUGCUCUGAUCAUCAGGUGAUGUCACCAUGAUAGGCCUGUAGGCCAGAGGUUCCCAGCUCUACUUCCGAGUGCAGCUGCCACUUGAAGUGGCCAGUACUGGAUCAAAGCAGAAAAGCUUUUGCCCAUCUAUUUCAUUAGAUUUUGCUAUUUCCCAAGGUGCCCUAGAGCCUCCCAAGGUGCCCUAGGGACUGGCUUCCUUUAUUGUGAGCCUGUGUGGCUAGAGUGUCGGACUAGGACUAGUUGACCUAAGCUGAAAACUUUACUCUUGUCAUGAAGUGCUCUAGAUAACCUUGGCAACUCAUUAUGGGUUAUCUUCUAUGGCAAUCACUUGGAGCCGAGUAAGAUUGUCUUCCAUGAACUCGGUCUUAACUGUGGGUCUGUAAGUGACUGUGGAGGCCAAUUCUAGAUCCACACAUCCUUACACGGUGGGAACAUGGGUUUCCAGGCGGGAGUUGAUCAUGGUGAGUGUUUGCCAAACAUGCCUUCCUCUUAGCAAGUUUCUCCCUUUUGUCCUGAGUUCGAACGUCUUCAAAGUCCAUGACACCUUUGGUAAAGGCUGUUCUCCCGUUGGAGUGCUCGCAGGCCAGUGUUUCCCAAUUGUUGGUGUUUAUCCUACUUUUUUUAGAUUUGCCUUGAGAGAGUCUUCAAACCUCUUUUGUUGACCACCAGCAUUACUCUUUCCAUUUUUAAGUUCGGAAUAGAAUAGUUGCUUUGGAAGACGAUAAUCAGGCAUCCGAAUAACACGACCAGUCCAACGAUGUUGAUGUCGAAGAAUAAUUGCUUUGACACUGGUGAUCUUUGUUCCUUCCAGUACACUGGCAUUAGUUCACCUGUCUUCCCAAGUGAUAUGUAGAUUUUUUUGGAGACACCGUUGAUGGAAUCUUUUGAGGAGUCAGAGGUGGCAUUUAUAAGUGGCCGAUGUUUUACAAGCGUACAGUAAGGUUGGUAGUACAAUAGCGUUGUAAACAAGCAUUUUGGAUUCUCUGCAAAUACCAAUAGCCAAUGCUAGUCCUACUCUGAGUAGAUCCAUUUACAUUAAUGGGUAUGACUUAGUUCCAUUAAUUUCAGUGGACUAGGUUAGAGUCAACUCUGUCUCUUAUUCCAUCCUACCUGUUGUGAGGAGAACCAUUUGUGCCAACUUGAACUUUAUUUACAUGUAAUAAUAAAUAAAUAACCCAGCUGCCUGAUAGUUUUAUGUGGGAAAGUAGGCACAUGCUCAUUCCCCAUAACACACACUGAAAAUAAUGCAUGAGAUAAACCUUGUGUUGAUAUUAUUUCAGUUCUUUUGAGAAUUAUAUCACACACAUACAUACAGUAAGGUAUGUCUAUGUGUGACAUAGUGUGUGUGCGUACACAAAUAAUGACCUUGAAAACUUUGGGGUUGUUUUCAAAUUAGCUCUGAAACUGAGGACAGACAAUAGUUUUAAGAAAGUUUAAGUUAGAGCCAUUGUUGUUCACAGAAUGCACACCGUUUUCCUUUGUUCUAUGAUUCCUGGUCAAACAGGUUUUGAUGCACAACAAAACCUUGCAAAACCUGAUUGACCAGAAGCAAUAGCGGGACAGGAGGGAGUGUGUGUGUGUGUGCGCGCAUACUGCAAGCAAUUACAGCAUUACAGCAGUCUUCCACUUUCUAAAACGUACAGUCUGCCUCCAUAAGUCCUUGCUGAUUGUCCCUCCCUCCUUAAAAUAACUUUGUGGUGAAACUGGUGAUUUUGUUCUAUGCUUGAUUUUGCAUUAAAAAGAAAAGUGUGCUACUGUUGCUUUGUUGUCUACAUAGCUCCUAGUGGAGGGCCUGUUUCACCUAGGGUAGCAGUGGUUUGAUGCCUACACACCUUAGUAUGAUAACAAUAGUCACACUGCAAGAAUUAGUGGUUCUUGUGACUUGUCAGGAUGCUAGUCAGCUUGUAUAUGAAUGCCUCCAUCUUUAUUAGUUUGUCUCUUACCAACUCCAGCCCAACAAUUAUAUUAAAUGUGUUUGUAUUCAAUUUUUCAUCCCCAAGUACUGCUUUUCCUUCAUCUGACAUUGAAUGUGUACUCAUAAACUUGCUUUAUGCAGAACACACCUUUAAUGGUCUUAAAGGUAAAGGUACCCCUGACCAUUAGGUCCAGUCGCAGACGACUCUGGGGUUGCGGCGCUCAUCUCGCUUUACUGGCCGAGGGAGCUGGCGUUUGUCCGCAGACAGCUUCCGGGUCAUGUGGCCAGCAUGACUAAGCUGCUUCUGGCAAACCAGAGCAGUGCACGGAAAUGCCGUUUACCUUCCCACCGGAGCAGUACCUAUUUAUCUACUUGUACUUUGACGUGCUUUCGAACUGCUAGGUGGGCAGGAGCUGGGACCGAACAAUGGGAGCUCACCCCAUCAUGGGGAUUCGAACCACCGACCUUCUGAUCGGCAAGCCCUACGCUUUGUGGUUUAGACCACAGCUUACCUAGACCAAGACUGUAGAUAGGCAGACAAUGACAAACAUAUCCUUCACUCUAAAGCAUCUCUCUAUAAGCAAAUGUUAAGCAUCAUGCAGGCAAGGAUCUCAACAGCAUUUAAAAAACCAACAGCUUAUGUUCUAUACAUGAGCUUUCUGAUUUCUUUGUAUUCUCUAGUACAGCCAUGAUGCAUUACCCCCUGAAAAAAUCUUGACACAAAAUGUGUUCCCUUCUUUAUUUUAUUGGUUUAACUUUAAUGCAUUUUUGUGUUUCUGUGAUGUCAUUCAAAGUGAUUUACAAUUUUAAAUACUAAACGAAUGUACAAAUAUAGAAGAAAAUUCUGCUCAGUUGGAUAAAGUGUCUCAUCAGGAGUUCUGAUUAAUCAUCCUGCCUCUUACAACUCCGCCAUUACUUAUUGUAGAGGGCAUGGUCUCACACACCUGUUUUGUUUUCUCAUCUUUAACUAAAAGCUUUUACCUAUUUAUGCAUCCCAUUACCACUGCCCCACCAUGUAUCUAAAUACCAAGUCAAUUAUAAUACUUCAGUUUACCUACUGGUAGCUAUGUACAAGCCUAAAAAUGGGGCUGGACUCAACUAACUUGUCCUGCCAGCAGAAGCCCGCAGAAGGACUGUUGCUAGUGCAACAAGGCUUUAUCCCCUUUUUUCCCCCGCAUGCCAAUGUGCUUUUGGGGGUCAGGUUUUUUUUUUCUUAAGAAAAAAACCCAGAACAGCAUAUAGGAGGAGGAAAGGAGAGAUAAUUCUGUCAGGCACAACUGACCUUAGUGCUAUGUUGAAUUCCCCCAUAGAAAAUUAUGUGUUGUUUCAAUAUAAAAAUAUGUUGAUGUUAAUUUGUACAGUUCCUAGAUCUAAAUGUUUACUUGGUUACUGUUUCAUUAACUCAGAAUGGUUACACUAUAAGAGUACUUUUAUUUAAGAAGCCAGCUUUGAUUUAGUUUGUCCCCCUAUUUAAAUCUAUAGCCAGUUUCCCUAAACACAUUCAGUUAACACUCACCAACUAAGACUUGCAGUUCCCACUCAGGUCUACUUUUUUCUGGAGUCUCUCAGGCUUCUAUCAGGACUUCGGCCACCAUCUUCACCUAGGUCCAGGACUCUCCUCCUUCAGGCACUUGCAUUCAGCAGCGUCAUUGACUCUUGGCUUCAGAGCUCUCUCAAAGGCUGUCUCUGGGAUGCUCCCUUUCCCCCUUAUACCUCCUCAGCUCCAUUUAAGUGUUCUUGUCUUCUCUCAGACUCCUUUAAGUCUAGAUGCCCUCCACCUGGCUCCAGCUUCCAGCUCUAUUGCUGCUUCUUACACUGACUGACUUGUGACCCAUCCACCUGCCAACAUUAACUGUGGCUUGAGGCAGCCCUUUUAUUUCUAACUGGAAUUCUCCCCUCUCACCAGACCCCAACUCUAGUCCAAUGGGAUGAGACAAAAUGUCCACUGACCUGACCCAUCAAAUCACACCAGUUUUCAAACCCCCAGUGACAGCAUUUAAAGACAGAACCUCAUUCCCAGAGCUACCUUUUAGACAAUGUACGUUAAUGUGACAGUUAAAACACUCAGUCACCCACUAACCUCCUGUUGGUACCUUGUAUAUAAGAUCACAUCCGUGCAAUACAAUUGACAUAUAUGGCAUCCUCCAAAGAAUUGGGAGCUGUACUUUCUUAUGGGUGCUGGAAACUAUAGCAUUUUGGGGGGUAAACCACAGUUCUCAGGAUUCUUUUGUGGGAAGCCAUGUGCUUUAAAUGUAUGGUUUAUAUGCAGUUUACCCUUUACAUACUUUACCUCUGAAACUGAAUUUAAAAAUGAAAGUAUGAACUCUGACCUGGGCUUCCUUCCUUUUUGGAAUGAUGUAGAUACAGUGGUUGGCUACCAAAGAACAAUGGAAUGCCCUCCUCAGAGAGGCUUGCCAGGUGCCUACAUUGUGGUCUUUUUGGUGGCAGGCAAAGAAAUAUAUAUCCUCAAGUGUUUUAUUUUAUUUUAUUUUUGUAUAUAGUUCAACAAUCCCAAACUUUGAGAAGUCAGUAGUUAUAAAGGUGUGGUGAUCUGUCAUAGAACAACCCCACUGAAGAAGAUAACAGUGGUUACCCAGACCUCAUUGCUGGUUGCGAAGGGGCCCCCAUGACAGUUCAGGCUUCAAGGCCUCCAAAAUGUAGGUCCAUCACUGGCCAUGGCAACAAAUAAGUAUGGUCCAAAGUCAUGUGCGUCCUUGAAUUGCAGCCACCUUUACGGUCUUGGGUUCUGUGUUUUGGUCAUGACUAGUUGCCUGAAAGAAGACUUAUAAACAUGUCCAAAGAUGCACAAGUUGGUGAAUAGAUGCACAUUUUAAAGAUCCACCAUCCACUUUAAUAUUCAAGUUCAGUUUAAAAAUAAGCCAGCAACCCAAAAGUCCCCUUGCCCAGUGGCUGCUACUCUCCCUCUGUAGCAUUUCCACUGUUCAAACGGGAAUACAGUAUUGUUGUUUUUAUUGAAGCCGACUGAGACGGUCGCCUUUCUGGCAUUUUUCACCUUGCAGCUCAUUUCCCCCUUCCUAUGCUUGGGCGUGAUGUAUUGCUAUGGAAACAGAGACCGGAGGUGGACGACGCAUCUCCGAUGACGUCACGAGAGCGCGACAGAUCCUCCUCCUGGGAACAAUGGCUGAAGCUGCAGAAUCUCGUACGGAGAAUGCUAUUCUUCCGCCCGCUGUAUCUUCUCCAUCUCCCGCGGAGGAGUCCUCUAACCUCGCCGCGGAAUUAGCGGAGGGGCAAGCGAAGGCUCCUGUGGAGGUGAAGGAGGAGGCGCAGGUUCGAGAGGUGUGUAGAAGAGAAGGAAGCGACGCUCACAUUAACCCUUUUUUCCUUCGACUUGCUCUUCAGCUAUUCUUGUUUUGGGGGUCGAUGGGCUGCUGCUAAAUUCCUACUUGAAAGGUGGUUGGAUUUCCCCUCCCCGGUUCCCUGUGCUCCAAUUGCCCAUAUUUAUCAGAGACAGCAUCUCUUUAAUGGUAAUUCUUGCCAGAAUGUUGUGGCACCUUAAAGACUUAACAAAUUAGUUAUUCACUUCAUCAUAUACAUGAGAAGUUAUCCUCAGUUGCAGGUAGGCAUAUAAGCAAAGAGGGGAUUUUGACCAGCGAGAUUAGAGGGAAAUGGACUACAAAAAGUACACCCACUCAAUUCAGUUAGAGCAGGGAGGGGGAACCUAUAGACCACCCUAGGACUAAAGCUCCUCUCACCCUGAACACUGCUAUUCUGCCUCUGCUUAUGGAAGUUGGGAGUCCAACCACAUGUAGAGGGCUACAGGUUGACCACGGCUGAAUUAGACCUUAAAUGUCUGGGAAAUGGACAGACUGACCCUGUCACUCCUGCCAUAAAGUGUCACAUUGCUUAUUUUGCAUUCAGGCUCUAUUUUCAUCAUCACCGGCUGUAAUCUUGUGUUUCAUUUACUUCUUUUCCCCCUCUUUACCAUCUCACCUCCCUAUGUGUUGCAUUCAUGCAAUACAGUAAAAGGAUAAUGCUCAAUGCAUCUGAUGAAUUUAUAUAUUGUUUAAGGCAUUUAUUCUUUAGCCAAAAAUGCUCCUACAGCAGCUUACAAAGGAAAGGGGAAGGGCCAUAGCUCAUUGGUAGAGCAUAUGUUCCUAUGACUCUUCAGCAUAAUAUCUCUCUUCAGCAUAAUAUCUAAAAGACAUAGGAAGAAAAAGGGCUGGAGAGGGAGGAAGGAAAACAAGCUCAGGCCCAAGUUCUUAAUUGACAUAUAGGAUCUAUAACUUCAUCUGUUCAUGCACAUUCUGUCUUGUACCCCUUCCCCUGAUCAGAUUCAAGAAUGGAGCAAAUAACAGUGCCCAGGCCAGGAUGUCAGGGUUGCUGCUGCACCAUACUUAUUUCUGCACUUGGAAUCUAUGAAAACUUGUGUCAUAAUAAAUCUGUUAAUCUUUUAAGGUGCCACAAGACUCUGUUGUUUUUACUGCAAUGCUGAACAGUAAACAUAACCUCCCUAGAAACUGGUAAAUCUUGUCCAUCUUGCCUUCUGGUCGUGUCUUUUUUUUUACAUAUUUAUGUGUGCAUAAACACACUGCCCGAGGUAUCUUCAAAUUCAAUCUUGUUUGGACUACACUUGAAGUUCAUGAACACAAGAUACCAAUGCAAUGUUUGACUUCCAUUUCCUCAUCAUCACAACUGCCUUUCCAGAUUGAUGGCUGUGUUCAAGGUGGUUAUUCUGUAAGGAUUAAACUUUAAGGGCAGUACUUUAAGUAGCUCCGCUAGUGCAAUGACUUUUGGCUGUGCAGUGGAACUUCACAUCCAUCUCCUCUGCCUGUGGUUCCCCCAAUCCUCCAGAACAGAUUUUUUUUUGUGUGGGGGGGGAUGGAAUUGCAUGGGGAGAAGAAAAGAAAGGGAAGUUCCAUUUUGCACAAACAGAAAUCCUUGCGCUAACAGAACCACUUUGUUGGGUACCACCUUGUUACACUUUAUUGCCAGUCUAUUAAGAACCCAUGCUUCCAAAGCUAGUGCAAGAAAGGCUGUUACAUAAUAAAUUAAAAUAGUGUAACCGCAUGCACAGAAUACCCUUUCGUUAUGUGUAAGGGGACAGGGUGCUUCUUGCAUGAUGACCCUUGGAAUAAGAAUUGUUUUUUAUACAAAUGUUAGUAUUUUAUCAGUGAAAUGCCGAAGGGUAUGUCUACUCCCCCCACCUCCCGCAUGCUUCCAUGCUGUGCAAGUCACUGAUUGAAAUAAAAUCUCAACAUUGGAGAGAGAAGGAAUAAUAUUUUUUUUUUAAGUUCAGUUUUUUGAAGAAGUUGAAAUCUUGUUCUAUCUUUUCUUUAAUAAAAUACGCAAGUCACGACAUGUAUGUGGCAAUAUAGAGAGUGGACCUAAUAAUAAAAAUAAUGAAAAUCUUUUGCACAUGACAACUUUAAUUUGAAACUAUAACUAUAACCAAUCUGAACAUACCAACACUAUAGCCAAGCUGAACAAGUUUUUUUUAUACUAGAUUAAAACAGAGUACGAAGAAACAGAGGAGUCUACUUCACAGCCUUGUGCAGCCAAGAAAAUAAAAAUAGAGAUAAAGGAGAAAAAAGAGAAAAAACAUAAAGUAGAUGAAGAUGAGAUUCAAAAAAUGCAGUAAGUAAUCUUACAUCUACAUGACAUAAAGCUUUUUAUUAAUGCUAAAUGGUUUGUAUAAUAGGGGGCUUAUAAGAUAAGCUGUAAUGUCUUGUAGAUAAACUGUACUGUUGAUUUCCCUGCCUUUUGGGGGGUGGGAGGGAAGGAGGUGGUACUGAGGCUGCAACCCUAUGCAUACUUACUUGGGAGUAACUAGUGAGACUUACUUUGGAGUAAGCAUGCAUAGGAUCAGACUGGAAAUUAAAUUUACAACCAAGAAAUACUGAGGUAGCAAUCCUAUACACAUACCUGGCAGUAAGUCCCAUAAAAAAACUUGUAAUUUGUAUGUGAUUGUUAGUGCUUGGAUUUUGAUGAUGUUUUUAUUAUAAUUUAUUUCCUCAGAAUGGCUUUGGAAGGAGCCCUGCUCUUGAAAAGUGUCAUAAAAGCUGCAUAAAUUUAAAAAAUGGUCUUAGUGGGACAGUUUUGAGUAGGCAUGUAUAGGAUUGAACGAUUCAUCCUGUAACAUAGGAAGGAAUAAUUAUCGUGUGGCACUGCACGAUACUCUCCCCUUCCAGAUUCUUUCUUUCAAACAAAGUACUUUACCAUUGUCUUUCCCCAACUUCACAAGCUAUGCAGUUUUGUAGCUAUAAAGAUGUGUAUAGGGUAAACGUGUUUAUCUAAAUCUGGGGUAUAAUUGGUCUUUUCUUUCUAGAAUUCUUGUUUCCUCUUUCUCUGAAGAACAACUAAAUCGUUACGAGAUGUAUCGCCGGUCAGCUUUUCCUAAGGCUGCUAUUAAACGGGUACGGUUCUGUUCCAAUUCAAUUUAAAGUAAAGCAGCUUGCUGAGUUGUAUCUUAUGAUGUACAAAUGGAACCUGCAACAUAAUGUUGCAGUAUGGAGUGCUUAAUUUCAGGAUUACUGUCAAUCAGCCAUGUCCGCUUCCUGCAUGCUAUAUAAAAUUCUCCUCUUCUUUCCUUUUUGUUCCCACCCAUCCCACACCAGUCAGAUAGUACCGUAUUUUUCGCCCUAUAGGGCGCACCAGUCCAUAGGGCGCACCUAGUUUUUUUUGGGGGGGGGGGAAUAAAGGGAAAAAAUUAUUUCCCCCCCCAGGCGCGGGGCUGGGGCGGGGGAAGCCCGAGCUUCCCCCGACCCCAGCCCCCAGAACAGGCUGCUAUACGCAAGCCUUGGGAGCCCGGCGGGAAGUCGCGCCGGGCUCCCAAGGCUUGCGGAGAGCUGCCCGGGGCGUGCUCCGCUGCGCUCCCCAGGUUUCGGGCUGCAGGCUGCUGUCCGCAAGCCUUGGGAGCCCGGCGGGAACUCCCGCAGGCUCCCAAGGCUUGCAGAUAGCUUCCUGAAGCCUGGAGAGCGAGAGGGGUUGGUGCGCACUGACCCCUCUUGCUCUCCAGGCUUCAGCGAAAGGCUGCAUUCGCCCCAUAGGACGCACACACAUUUCCCCUUCAUUUUUGGAGGGGGAAAAGUGUGUCCUAUAGGGCGAAAAAUACGGUAUUCUGCACCCACUGAGCUAGCUCUGUACUCAUUGGAUUGUUUUGGCAGGCCCUCUUCCCCUCCCCAUUUAGGACACAUGACGACUUAGCAGGAUACAACCCAAUAGAUGCAAUAUUUCCGUUACACAGAUUAUGAAUUUUAAACUUCAGUCUGACAUAAACUAUGCUGAAACCCUGUGGCAGCACAGUUGUCAUUGCCAGUAAUGUUUGUGAUUGGAACAUAAAGAACUUAACCCUUUAAAAUCAAAUUAUCAUUCCCCUCCUCAGCUGAUCCAGUCAAUUACUGGAACCUCUGUCUCUCAGAAUGUAGUUAUCGCCAUGUCAGGAAUUUCCAAAGUCUUUGUUGGAGAGGUAGUAGAAGAAGGUGAGUAACAGAAGAAUAUUUAAAACUUGUAUAGAGUUAAACAGGUUUUCUGUAAUCCUUUAUUCUGAAAUAUUAUUGCAGUUCUUCAUUUCUAUGAAUUUGCAAUAGCUCAGUAGUUUUAAGAGAAAUAUGGCUAUUAACACAGUGUAACAGUAUGAAUAAUUUACCUAAGCACUUGCUUUCUAAACACAAAAAUAGGAUGUUACCCAUUCUAUCCUAUGUAUGUGCCCAAUUUUCUACCCAAUGGUAGGGAAUACUUAUUCAAUUUUAUCUAAAUUCUCCUCAAAUGGAAGAAUUCUUAAGCCACUUGCGUUUAUCUUUUAAGUUUUGGUAGCAUAGUAAUGGUAUGCAGUACAGUGGUACCUCUGGAUGCGAACAGGAUCCAUUCCGGAGCCCUGUUCGCAUCCUGAAGCGAACGCAAUCUGCGCGUGCGCGGGUUGCUGCUUCCGCGCAUGCACGUGACGUCAUUUUGAGCGCAUGUGCAAGCAGUGAAACCUGGAAGUAACGCGUUCCGUUACUUCUGGGUCGCCGCGGAGCGCAACCCGAAAACGCUCAACCCGAAGCUACUUCAACCGGAGGUAUGACUGUACUCCAUUCCCCCACCCCAACAAGUUAAACUGCUGUUUUGACAUUUUGAUUCUCAGGUGCAAGUUAUAGUAUUUACAUAACUACAGAAACUGAAUAUAUACUAAAGUAGAGUCAACUGCUUUGGGUCGGAAUUUAGGAUAAGGAGAUUGGUCUGUCAGUGCAAGCAUUUCUGCUCGCAUAAUGGAACAAUCUCUCCUCUCUUCUGCCCAUGUACUCUUCUGUGGGAUCUCCUGAUCCACCAGAAUGCAUGAAGAUGGAAAACAUCUGUUGUGCUAGUGGGAGUCCUUGCACUGACUAGUUGAAUCUGGCCUUUUGUUAGUCUAUUUAGUCCAUCGGCUAAAUACUAGUAUGCCUGGUUGUUAGAAUGUAAAGAAAUAUACACACGUAUCAACUACUUUUAAAGCUAAAAUGUUUGUAGAAAUAAGGCAGAUUUUGUAACCAAAUGGGGGUAUGUAAGAUGUAUUGAAGCAACAAACUGAUUUAAAUACUUGUUUGUUUUCAGCACUAGAUGUAUGUGAAAAGUGGGGAGAAUCACCCCCUCUGCAGCCCAAACACAUGCGUGAAGCAGUCAGACGAUUGAAGUCACGAGGGCAGAUCCCAAAUUCAAAAUACAAAAAAAUUAUUUUUCACUGAAGAGGAGAUUGGCGAAGAGUCUUCAGUGGGAUGAAGAUCAUUCACCUUUGAAUAAGUGUAAAUAACUUUUGCAAAUGGUGGCUUCAGAUUGCUUAAAGCCAUCUAAACGUAUAUGAUUUUACUGGGGGAAACAUUUAAUAAACUACUUAUGAAAUUCUAGGUCAUUCUGAUAGAAGUUAUACUGCAUGCUAUAUUUGGACCGAGUACAGAAACAUUUAAGUAUGCAGUCAAUAAACUGUAUAAAACAUUGCCAUCGUAAGUUUAUACUUAUUGAAUACCUUAUUGAAUAUCAAAUACCUUUUGGAGAGAGCAAAGGCAACUAAAUAAGAAAAUUCUUGUUUCUAAGAAUGAAAUGUAAUGGCAAUCAUCUCUAAUAAAGGAACUACUUUUAAAUAUUUUUUUCUUGAGACUAAUGUUUGAUUCUGCAUCCAGUUCUCUGAUAUUAAACUUACAAGUUGUGUGAAAUAUAAGACCUGGUCAACGCAAAACUCCUAGAGUGUGCCAUAAUCAAAUCGAGCAGGCAGGCGCAGCUCCAAAAACCAAUAAAGAGCCACCUAAAGUAAUGGAUGCAGUUGUGUAAUGACUUUGCCUCUGAUGUUUUCUAAUAAAGGUG